AUGAAAAUCACGACCCUCCCCCUCCUCGCGGUCUUCGCUGCCGCCGCCGACCUCGCCAGCCAAGGUUUCCGCAUCAACAUCAACGACAAGACCGGCGCCAUCGACAAAAUCACCGACCCCCGCUCGAGAAACGCCAUGAACUGGGUGAGCACCGGCUCCAACGCGCCCUGGAUACCGACCGGAAGCCGCUGGGGUCUCGGCUACGCAGACCUAGGCCAGGACUCGCUUCACCGCAGCUUCUGGAACUUCCCCCAAAUCUCGAAGCGCGACGACGCCGUCGAGGCCGUCUACACCACCGGAUCCCUCGAACUCGCUGUCAACAGACGCAUAGACGAUAAGGACGGCUCCUUUACCGAGACGUACACAUUCAAGAACAAAGGCGCCGAGGCUUUGAACCUCGCGAGCCGCGGAACAACGGCGUUGGCCAUCUACGCCCCUUUCAACGAUCACUACACGAAUACGACCGAUUGCAUCGAGGCGCGCUCGCACGCGCAUAUCUGGGCGCAUGGAGGGAGCUCGUCGUGGGUUAAGCUGGAUCAGAUGGGUGGGAAGUAUCGCAACCUCGGCCUCGUGCUGACGAAGGGCUCACUGGCUGGGUAUAGUGUCGAGUCGCGCGACGCGGUGACGUUAUCCAAUACGAGAGGCGUCUUCCUGCUCCAUCCUUCUAUACCGACCCUCCAGCCUGGCGAAGAGAGUGUGGUUGAGUGGACGUGGUUCUGGCAUACCGACUGGGAAGACUUUUUCAAGCAGAGCGCGGCUCGAUCGAAGCAGUUCGUGAGGGUCGAGACCGAUUACUUCACCUUCGUCACUGGGGAGACGGGCACCUUACGCCUCUCUGGCGCAUCGAUCAACUCCGAUACGAAGGUCAACGGCCAAACCAUCACCUGCGACGACGACGCGUGCCGAUACAACUUCACAGCCGGCCGAACAACCAGAACAACCCUCACCAUCUCCACCGACGCAGGGCGCAACUCGACCGUUUUCCUCAACACCGUCCCCGCGACCUCCGACCUCCUCUCCGCCCGGACGAAAUUCAUCGUCGAGAACCAGCAGGACGCGACGUCGAACACGCCCGCAGAGGGCGCCUACCGCGUCUUCGACAACCAGGCCAACGUUAUCGCGACGUGGGACACCUCGACCGACCGCAACCCCGGCCGCGAGCGCGUGGGUAUGGGUAUCCUCAUGGCGCGCUGGCUGAAGAAGAAUCCCGAGAACGAGGAGGUGCGCGAGUCGCUGGAGAAGUAUUACACCUUCGUGUCAACCAAGCUGCAAGAGGAGAACGGCUUUGUAAGGGAUAGGCCGAUUGGGAUGGAUGGUAGUAAGAAGCGGUUGUAUAACUGGCCCUGGGUUCUGCAGUUCCACAUCACCGUCGCUGCUCUUGAUCUCAACCUCACGGGUGCCGUCGCGGAGAAGACGCCGAUGGAGAGGUUUAUGAUGACGCUGGAGAAUUUUUACGCUGAAGGCGGCGACGGGCUAUACGCUAUUGGUCUCCCCAUCCUCGAAGGUCUGCGAGCACUCGAGAAACACGGCAACGAAGAGUGGCUGGUACGGGCCCGAGAACUCUUCAUCGCCCACGGAGAGAAGAUCGCGGAGAGGGGCCUGGACUACCCCGAAUUCGAGGUCAACUUCGAGCAAUCCAUCGUCGCGCCCGCGGCCGUGAUGCUGCUCGAGCUCUGGCGGUACACGGGCGAAGAGAAGUGGCUGGACGCCGGCAAGCUGCACCUCGACACGCUGCUCCGAUUCGCGGGUAAGCAGCCGGAUUAUCGGCUUCACGAUGUCUCCAUCCGGCACUGGGACGGGUAUUGGUUUGGCAAGGACCGGAUGUGGGGGGAUACGUUUCCUCACCACUGGAGCACGCUUAACACCAUUGCUCUUCAUCACUAUGGAAAAGGCCUGCAGGAGAAGAAUGAGACGGACGGGGAGAGUUGGAUGAGGACUGCUGAUGGGAUCAUUCGGAAUAAUCUGGCGCUGUUUGAGGUGAAUGGUCGAGCUUCUUGCGCGUACAUCUACCCGACCUCUGUCAAUGGGCGUAAUGGCAACUACAAAGAUCCCUAUGCGAAUGAUCAGGACUGGGUAUUGGCGCACUUGUUGCAGAUUGAAGAGGAUAAUGCGUACAAAGAGGAGUGA